AUGACUUACUCUUGUUUAAUUGCUCACUAUGUUAUUCUUAAGGAAAUAUUGAGUCUGGAGAAAGGAUUGUGGAAAGAAUACGUUUAUUCUUGUGUGAAUAGCAUUGUCAUGAAACCUGGCUGGAAACCCAGCUCGAUCAGGGUGGAUGACAUUGAAAGAACCAACAAGGGUGAAGCCAUGAUUGUUCACAAGGGCAUAAGACCAGUUCAGCUCAGUUUCUCUGGACAUCCAAAAUGUCGAAGAAUCAAAAAUAAGUAUUUAAAGUUGAGAUCUGUGGUUCAAAACAACCGUGGAGUAUCUAAGAAUGAACGAUUACGCCUAAUCAAGUUGAAGUUGACUUUGGACAACAUGAAAAUGAAAGAUUCACUUCGACGAAGUUGUUGUGUUCGUGUUAGCGCACGUGACAUGAUGAAAACCGGAUUAAACUCGGAUGUCACUCAGCAUGCAAUGGUUCUUCCUGUUCUGGUUCAUCAUGUCCGCUUUCAUUUAAGCUUGUUCAGUUUGGAUAAACGCUUGGCUUACACAUUUAAAGAUAGAUCUCUUUUACAGCUCGCUCUUACGCAUCCAUCAUACGUCAUGAACUACGGUACGAAUGCUGAUCAUGCCCGCAACAGCCUAUCAAACUGCGGGGUUAAAGAACCCAGGUAUGCUGAUAAGACGCAACGUUUGUCACAGCGUAGGAAGAAAGGGAUUGUACAGCUCAUCAACACUAUGUCGAAACUGGAAGAUCUCGACGGUAGCCAUUCAUUCAUUCAUCACAACGAGCGUCUGGAAUUUCUUGGAGACGCCAUAUUGGAAUUCAUCUGCACUUCUCAUUUGUAUUUCUUGUUUCCCGACAUGGCCGAGGGGGGACUGGUAGCCCACAGAUCUUCGUUGGUGCAAAAUAAACAUUUGGCUCACAUUGCUAAGAAACUCCAGUUGGACAAUUACAUGUUAUUUUCUCACGGACCGGAUCUUUGCCAUAAAGAUGAUAUGAAUCAUGCGAUGGCGAAUUGUCUUGAAGCUUUGUUAGGCGCUGUUUAUUUAGAUUCAGGUAUAGGAAGCGUACAAAAGGUGUUUUGUGAACUCGUCUUUGAGGAAACGGAACUUCGUAAAUUAUGGUGUGCUCUACCGAAGCAUCCGCUUCAGGAACAAGAACCAGGAGGAGAUCGUCAUAUCAUUCCAUCUUCAGAAGUUCUCAAGGGUCUUGUCAGUCUUGAAGAGUCAAUUGGAGUACGUUUUAAUCACAUUCGUCUUCUGGCGAGGGCAUUUACUCACGCUCAAGUUGGCUUCAAUAAUUUAACGCUUGGUGACAAUCAACGAAUGGAGCUGCUAGGCGACUCUAUCGUCCAAUGCCUGGUAACGGAUUAUCUCUAUCGUCAUUUUCCUCAGCAUCACGAGGGACAUCUUACGUUGCUAAGAAGUUCGCUCGUCAUAACGUAG